CAGACUAUACCACAGAGAGAGACAGGGGCAGACCUCGUGGUUAAGAGGCAUCACCGAAGCUAGUCUCGUUGUUUUUAGGGUGUGUAUGCAAAAGUUUAUCUAUUUGAACGCUGCAUCGUGCACCGUGCAUGCUAGAUUUGAUUGCUUCGUCCAUGCAGAACCACAAGAUGAAUACUAACGAGCACAAAAUGGGCAAAAAACAGAAUACCAAGACUAAGAAGGAUCCACAGGAGGCACAAGAUGAACCUGAAGAAUUUGUUGUGGAAAAAGUGCUCGACCAACGUCUUGUCAAUGGGAAAGUAGAAUUCUUCCUGAAGUGGAAAGGAUUUACAGAUGCCGACAAUACCUGGGAGCCAGAAGAAAACCUGGACUGCCCAGAAUUGAUUUCGGCAUUUUUGGAAGCACAGAAGAACGUGAAGGAAAAGCCUGUUCCCACCAAGAGGAAGGCCUCCACAGAUGAGUCGGAUGAGACGGAACCCAAGAAAAAAGAUGUGGCUGAGAAACCACGCGGCUUUGCUAGGAACCUGGAGCCAGAAAGGAUCAUUGGCGCAACAGACAGUAGUGGGGAGUUGAUGUUCUUGAUGAAAUGGAAAGAUUCUGAUGAAGCAGAUUUGGUCCCAGCCCGUGAAGCCAACACCCGCUGCCCUCAGGUGGUUAUAUCUUUUUAUGAGGAGAGACUGACAUGGCAUUCCUGUCCAGAGGAUGAAGCUCAGUAGUUCUUCCCUUCGGACUCUACAGUCCCUUGCAUCACCUUUCCUCAGGAUGUUUUUUUUCCCCUCUCUGGCUUGCCUUCUAGUACUAGCUUUUUAGUUGUUUCUGAAGACGUUGACGUUGACUAACAGUCCAUGAAAGCUUUGUUGUACAUAUAGGCUGAACUGACUGAGAGACUGACAUGUAUGGUGACAGAAGUCUUCCAAUAUCAUUAGGACUGACUGGUUUUUGUUAAUCACCGUCCAUAUUCAUACUUUUUUGACUGUUUAAAUUCUAAUUGGUAAACUGGUAAAAAAAAAAAAAAUAAAAUAAAAAUGUAUAUCAAGUAUAUCACGUUCACAAUCUCGUGUAAGAUGCCAAUCCCCACCCCAUGCUAGUUCUUAUAUAUUGUUCCAGGGGUGCAUUUUGUAUUGUCUGUAAAUAUCAUUUGAAGUUCUAAUAAAGGUUUUAUGUGACCAAA